AUGAAUGGAGUUCCCUUCAAACUUACCAGAGACUGUCGAACUGGCGACUCUGAUGAUAUUAUGAGUCGUUAUUCAGUUCACCCAAAAUCCCGUGAGGCUAUUGAAGAUGAGUUGGAUGAGCUCUUACUCGGAGAUGACCUGGUUAUUAUGAAGCUAACAAGGAUGUUUCACUCAACUUCGAGCAGAUUUCAAGACAAUCCCGAAACUGUUCAACUCUUGCAGGAUUUCAUUAAGCGCAUACGCUCAUCACCUUUGGACGCCUAUCCAAUGCUCUUGGAACUGAAGUUAAUAUUUAAUAAAAAUUUACGCCAAUUCACUGAGCCUUUAGCGAAGACUAGAUCACAGCAGCAUAAACUUAUGCUAUCAAUUUCGACCAGAACUUCAUCGAAUGCCUCUCUUGAAGCACCUCCUAAACGUCGAAGAGUGGAAUUUACUACCCUUGUCGAUUCACCUCAAAGUAUUGAAAUUGACCAAGAGGAUGAAGAGGAAAAGGAUCGAGAUGUUGUUUCCAGUGUCCGGAAACGAAUCCGUUCUGUCAAAUCUUCGAAUCUUCUUGCUCGUCCUAAUAAAAGGCGUAAGUCGGUUGCAAAAGUGCAGCGAACUGAUUCCAAAAACUUCUACGAAUUGCGUAAUUUAGAAAGAACUAUGCUUCACAUUUCUAAUGAGAUCCAGCAGCUGGAAGAGGCUGAAGUAGAUUUUAGUGACGAAGAAAAUUCAGAGUAUUUGCGUAUAGAUGUCCUCAAACGUCAGGAAUUGAAAUUAUGGAGGGAAUAUUGUCGUCUAAAAGGCUCAAAUCCCAACGUGGCUAGAUUUGAUCGUCAGGCGUUCCGAUAUAAUGGUUCCCGAUUUACCGAAAUUAAUAAGGCUGUGGAAAAGCUCGUCAAGUCCUCCCCCAAUAUGCCCGACUAUCCCGAUGUUCGUAACUUAGUAGUGGACUUAUACUCCACACUCUCUCCGCAUUCAUCCCCAAAGGCGAUUGACCAAGAAGCUCAGAGGAUUUUCGUUGAGGUCUGCCAAAAAUUGAAGAAUCGUAGGGAGAUGGAGUUUCAAAGAGAUCUAUUUCGUCCCCUCCCCUCAGGUGUCGACCAAUCAGACCCUGACGCCGAUCCGGCUUUGCAUAGUUUUCAUCGUGAGGAAAGACAUCGGCCGGUGUAUGCCUUGCAAAAUCGUUGUCCCCUUCUUAGCAAGUGUGUCAGCAAGCUCAUUGCUUUUAAUGCCACAGUGAAGGUAAUUAUGAAAUACAGUCGGUUGCAAGAGAUGGCGGAAGCUGAAGCGACUGACUCGAAUGAGAAUACCAACGAGGAUCAGCCUUCUCCAUUCGCACGAAUUACUUCCGACGAAUGGGAACUACAAGAACCCAUCCCGACUUCUACGCAAGACGCACAGAUUUCUUGUCCAGUUUUUGAGGAAAGUGAAGGCUCAGGCGAAAUCCCUCCACCCGAAAUACCAAGGUCUGUUGCUGAUUCCUCUAAUUCUUCUCCUUGUGAGAUGAUUGUCAUUUCCGACGGAGAAGAAGAUGUAGUCGACAGCAAUGAAAAUGUCGGGGAUGAUGAUGAUGACGAACCAGAAAUUGUGGGCGUUGAAUAUCAUCCACCACCACCGCCACCUAGACAGCAAUCAUCUCACUCUGCUGGUGUUUCUUUUUCUCAUUCCCAGCCAACAAUUCGUCACACGACAAUCAAUAAUCGGAGGUACGCUCUUCCUUUGGAAAAUGGGAGUACAAUGUUUGUCGCAAUGGCUCAACAGUGUGUGGUGCAAGUUCAGCCUCGAUCUUCGUAG